AUGUUUACAUAACCAUAAUUAGACAUUACCCAUCCUCAUAAUAUUAAUCAUUACUAUAGUAAAUUUUUUCAAUAUCAUACAAAUACUUUUAUUGCUUAAGGUUUUAAAAGAACCAACUAAUAUCAAUCCUUAAUUACAGAACAACAACUUUUAUAAAAAAGAAAUGAAUUUUGGGGUAAUUCUUCAUUUAAUAUUAAGAAACUCGAAUUGAAGGGAAUUAAGAUAUAUGGUAAAUACUCAGAGAUGUAUUAAAUAUGGAUGAAGGCAAUUUUAUAUAUAAUAAAUAGAAAAUGCUUAAAUUACUCUAAAAGAAGCUAAUAUCAUUAUGCCUGAUAAUAAUAUUUAAUUAAUCUAUGAUAUGUUUGGCAACAGAUACGCUAUUCCAAUCUUUGUUAUCAAUUUACCUGUAUCCUAUAUCUAAAAUGAAAAUUACAAUUAAAAUUAUGAGGAAAAGAUUCUUACUGUAAUGGAUUACACAUAUUAUUAUUAGUUUAAAAUUAGGAGUGCAAGAUGGGAAGAUGAUUUACAUGUUACUUAUAACAAUACAAAUAAGAUUGAUUUAUUGAUUAACGAAUUAAAGAUUAAAGAAAAUUUGUAAAAUGUUAGAUUGUUUCUAAAUGGUUAAGAAAUGAUGAAGG